UAUGCUCAACAACAGUUUGCUUUUAUAACAGCUACAACUAAGAUUCGAUACAACUAGUUCUGCGAUCAUCAACACGAUUUAAACAUAACGCAGUCUUUCGUGCAUCCAAUUUUAAAUUCGUUUAUAAACUUCAUAAUUUACCUCAUCAAAGUACCCACUAAAAUUAACAGUGGCCCUCUGGCCCCAUCUAAAGGACCCAAUUCACUUAACACCAACUGAAGAAAAGUGAAAGCAGUUUUGUCUUGUGAUGGCUGGGAGGGUCAAGCGGAUUUCUGGGUUGUUGUUGUGAACGAUCAGGCCUACAGGAGGAGACGGGGGUAAACCCGAGUUAAAGAUGGCGGAAAUCGAAGGAGAUGAGACUGCUCGGCCCGCUCCUCCGUCGUUGCUGCCCACUGAGUCCCGCGUAAACGAAUCCGAUAUGAUCGAGUCGACGGGCGAUUCAGGCAGCCGGACCCCGACCGUGCUUACUUCGGGUCCGCGCGUGGUUCGGAUAAUCAAAUCGGAGUCGGGUUACGGAUUUAACGUCCGCGGUCAAGUAAGCGAAGGCGGCCAACUGCGGAGCAUUAACGGAGAGCUGUACGCUCCUCUCCAGCAUGUCAGCGCCGUGUUACCCGGGGGCGCAGCAGAUCAGGCCGGAAUCGUAAAAGGAGACAGAAUAUUAGAGGUGAAUGGCAUGAGUGUCGAAGGGGCGACACACAAGCAGGUGGUGGAUCUCAUCAGGGCUGGACAGAGAGAGUUGGUGUUGACCGUCCUCUCGGUGCCGGCACAGGAGGCAGACGGGCUUGAGGUUGGUGACGAAGGUUCGGUGGCACCCAAUUUCGACUACAGCGACAAACAGGCCAUUCCCAUUUCAGUCCCUACAUACAAACACGUGGAGCAGCACUCGGAAAAAUUUGUGGUGUAUAAUGUGUACAUGUCAGGCAGACAGCUCUGCUCAAAGCGUUACAGGGAGUUUGCAAUACUUCAUCAGAACCUCAAGAGAGAGUUUUCCAACUUUACUUUUCCGAAGCUGCCGGGAAAAUGGCCCUUCUCAUUGUCUGAACAACAGCUGGAUGUGCGCCGGAGAGGACUGGAGGAAUAUCUGGAGAGAGUGUGCUCUGUACGAGUCAUAGGUGAGAGUGACAUUAUGCAAGAAUUUCUAUCCGAGUCGAAUGAGAAUCACAACGGUGUAUCGGACGUGGAGUUACGGAUAGCCCUGCCUGAUAAAACCACGGUCUCGGUGAGGGUCCGGAAAAACAGCACCACUGAUCAGGUUUACCAGGCUCUCGUUUUGAAGGUUGGAAUGGACAGCAUGAUGGCCAGCUACUUUGCUCUUUUUGAAGUUAUUAACCACUCAUUUGUACGUAAAUUGGCUCCUAAUGAGUUCCCACACAAGCUGUAUGUGCAGAACUACACCUCAGCGGUGCCUGGAACGUGUCUCACAAUGCGCAAGUGGCUUUUCAGUACACAAGAGGAGGAAUUGAUGCGAGAAAACCCAUUGGCCCUCCAUUACUGCUUUCAUCAGGCUCAGGAUGAUGUAAAGAAGGGAUUCAUUAAAGCAGAAGAUAAAGCCUAUCAGCUACAGAAACUAGCAGAACAAAGGAAGAUGACAAUGUAUCUGAGUCUCCUGCGGUCAUGUGAAGGUUACAACGAGGUGAUGUUCCCUCACUGUCCAUGUGACUCGCGAAGAAAAGGUCAUGUGAUCACGGCUAUCAGCAUGAAGCAUUUCAAACUGCACGCUUGCACGGAGGACGGCACUUUGGAGAAUCAGGUGAUACUUUUCGAAUGGUCGGAAAUGCAGAGAUGGGACACUGAUGAGGAGGGUAUGGCGUUCUGCUUCGAGUACGUGCGGGGGGAGAAGAAACCUCGCUGGGUUAAAAUUUUCACUCCUUAUUUUAACUACAUGCACGAGUGCUUUGAAAGGAUUUUCUGUGAGCUUAAAUGGAGGAAAGAGGUUGAAGAAGAAGCCUCGGACAAAGGAAAUAAGAACUGUAGUAAUAAUGAUUAUCUGUCCCCGCUGGAGCAACAGCAGGGCUGGCGCCACCUAGGGGGAGAGAUCGCCACCUCCUAAUGCUUCUUCUCCGAGUUCCCCUGUUGAACGCAGAAGAUGUGCUGGAUCAUCAAACUAGAAAGGACCACCAUAACGACCAUGCUACCACGGCAACACCCUAGCGACGCUAUACCAACCAUGUUUCCACGGAGACAAAAGUGUGCCUUUUCAAAUGCAGAGCAUUCCAUAUGGCAGCCAAGUCACUACGGCAACAUAUAACGCCAUUGUUAUCAUGGCGAAGGAGAUGCAUAACCGCGCUAAGAAGCUGUUUGACUCCACAUAAAGACCACCAAUGGGUUCUCCUGCCAUUUCAUUCAUACAUACUUUGAACUCACACAAAUACAUGUAAUGCAUAGAACAAGAACUAGAGAUCUUCCAUAUGCCUAUUGGUUUAGGAGACAGACUUUCCUUUAUUUCUGUUGGCUGGGAUUUUUUAAGCAUGUGCUAAGAAGAGUUAUAUUUGAAACUGCAACUAUCACAGUGAAAAUGAAGAUAUAGUGGAAGGCAAAGCCAUGCUUAAAAAAUAAAUAAAUCAGUUAAAUAGUGUAGCAAAUCGAUUAUUAUUAUUUGCCCACUGUUGCUGACUUUAGCUACCCCAAUACUUACUAAACACAUUUAUAGUUAUUUCCAUUUAAAAUAAAUGGGAGUAAGGAAGUCUCUGGGAGCACUGACAUAGGAAGUUUGUGUGUGAUUUUGUAACUAAAAUCAAGUAAAAAGGACAUCCCAAAUCAUUAUUGUGUAGCAUAAAACAUUUCAUUUUGGUGUAGUUUGGUUAAGAUACCUGUAGGGGGCGCCAGCAUCCUAUUACUCUCUGUGUGAAUGUGAAUGAGAGCCUGUUGUAUUUCCUUUUAUUGUUUGUUGGCUGUAGAGGGAACAGAACCGUUUUUGUGCCCAAGUUUAAUUUAUCGUUAGAGGAAAAAAAUUCCCUGGACUCUGAUCUGUGGGAAAUAGGGCCACAUCGCACCUGUUGAUUGGUAUAGAGAAGUGAAAGUCAAUGAGCAUGCUGGCCUAUAACCGCUUAAAUGUAACUGUUGGCUAUAGAUAACAUAAAUCCCAUGCACACAAACACACUGCUGUAAUGUUUUGAAAAGACAUGCACAUUUAUUGCAAGGCAGAAACUUCCACCAUUCCAGAAAUCAGCUAAUUCAGUGCUUAAGCCAACUUGGCUAGAAAGGCCGAUCAAUGAGUGAGGUUGUGAUGUAUGCGAGGUUGUGUGUAUGUGCUCUUAUAGGGUUGGAGUACAGUCUCCUUUAACAUUUGCAGCAACGUAGCAAACAUUGUCUUUGGUCUACUUAAAAAAUUGGCAAAGUUAUGAUUUUCAUGUUUAGGUUAUUAGUUCAACCAGUUAAAUGUAAAUAAAAAAUUGUGUGUGUUAUGGUUAUGUAAUUUGUCCUUUUGUCAGGAGUGCAGGUGUGACACUUCUGUUUAACUUUGCAAUAUUCACCAGCGCUAUAAAAAUAAUAUAGUUUGAUCAGUGUUUAUUUUAUCUCACUGUGCCCGGAAAAAAAAACAUGAAUGUACCAGAAUGUAUUUAUAAUAUGGAGGAUUAUUAAUAAGACUUUGUUAUUAACUUGACCUGCAGAUGAAGUUGAUUAUAAAAUUUAAGACACUAACCAA